UCAUAAAGAAAUGUGUUUUAUUAAUAAAAAAAAGUUAUUUGAAACCACAAAGUUGUAUUUCAGAAAAACCAGAGAGCAUGUUUUUUUUUUGGGUAUAAAGGAUGGAAAAGGGAAGAAAACAUUCAUCAGCCAGCAAUUUUCUUUUGUUGAAUUCCUUAGAAUCUGAAACUGACACCAUCAUUUCAUGAAUUUGAAUGCUGAGAAGAUUUCCCAUUAGAUCUUAGAAGCAGCAAUCAGAAUGAAUAAUCAAGCAAAGAAUGUGGCUGCAUCAGCUUUGUUUGGUCAUUCUGGAAUGGGCACACAAGCACACCACCCUAACCCCAUUCAGCAAUGGAACCAUUCAAUUUCAACCCCUUUACACUCUCAAACACAACCACAAUCUCAGUCACGUCCUCAGACACAAUUCCCUGGUCUCUUUCAGUUUUCAGAACCCCAAUCUCAUGUGCUUGCACAAGCUCAGUAUGCACAGACACAAAUGCAGUCUCAGAUUGCACGUGCUCAUCCACAACCUCAAACUCAGCCCUUUGCCCACUUGCAUAGUAUAAAUACUAAUGCUGCUAAUGGGACAUCAUCCCCGGCCACCGGAAAUGCCAAGCGACCAAACCCAAAGCCCCUGUUGAGGUCUCAUAAUUCAUCGAAUAUGAACCAAUCCAUGCCGAGUGCUCAGCAUCAAACGAAGAAAUCACCAGGGAAGGGGACUAUGUUUUUGCCUGAGUCUGCUCUGUAUACUCAAUUACUUGAUUUUGAGGCUCAGGUUGAUACUGCUUUGGCAAGGAGAAAGUUUGAUAUACAGGAGGCUAGACUCCCUCCCCAUGUUCAGAAAACUCUUCGUGUUUAUGUGUUCAAUACCUUCUCAAAUCAUGCCAAAAUUGAUUCUGAGAAUAAUAAGGCCAAUGAAUCUUCGUGGUCUCUCAGGAUAACUGGAAGGAUAUUGGAAGAUGGUAUGGAUUUGAAAUCUGGCAUUUCACAGAGCUCGAGUCCUCCUUACCCAAAGUUCUCUUCAUUUUUCAAGACAAUUACCAUACAUUUGGAUCAAAGCAUUUAUCCUGAUAAUCAUGUCAUUGUAUGGGAUAGUGCACGUUCACCUGCCCAACAGGAUGGUUUUGAGGUGAAGAGGAAAGGAAACAAAGAAUUUACUGCAUUGAUUGCAAUAGAAAUGAAUUAUACACCUGACAAGUUUAUGGUUUCACCACAACUGUCUAAACUCUUAGGUAUUGAGGUUGAGACUCGUCCAAGAAUAAUAGCUUCUAUUUUUAACUAUGUGAAGUCCAGGAAGCUACAGAUCCCAAAUGACCCUUCGUCUUUCAUUUGUGAUCCUUCUCUACAAAGGGUGUUUGGGGAAGAGAGGAUGGAUUUCACCACGGUUUUUCAGAAGUUAGCACAGCAUUUGUCACAGCCACAGCCAAUACAUCUGGAGCAUAACAUCAAGCUUUCUGGAUAUGCACCAGCUGUAACUGCAUGUUAUGAUAUACAGGUUGAUGUUCCUUUUCCACUGGAAAAAGGCAAGUCUACAUUCUUGUCAAGCCUUGAGAGCCAAAAGGAGAUUGAAGCUUAUGAUGAGGCCAUUCGUGUUUCCUUAAAGAAGAUCCAAGAGCAUCGGAGAAGACGGGCAUUUUUUCUUAGUUUUAGUCAGUCUCCAGUGGAGUUUAUUGAUACUUUGAUUACAUCUCAAAGCAAGGAUUUGAAACUUGUUGCUGGAGAUGCCAGGCAUAACGUUGAAAAGGAACUUCGUUCUGAAUUCUACAAUCAACCAUGGGUCGAGGAUGCUGCCAUUCGUUACUUGAACCGAAAAACUGCAGGAAGUGAUGCUGUUGGACGCAAUUAAGAAAACAUUAGAGGUGGAGUUUCUAUUUUGUUUUUCCUAACUACCCGAUAUACUUACUUUUCAUAUUCCUUGUUAGGGAAGAGAGUUUGAGUACCCCAGACGGGGAGUAGAAGAACGGAAAGAAUGUAGGAACAAAGAAAAUGACCUUUAGGUAGUGAAAAUCAAGGGGAAUGUGAUCAAAGACAUUCUGUACAGAAUUUCAGAAAAUAUGUAUCUA